AUGUUGAAAAAUGACAGAUUGGCUACAUUACAGCCUACUUUGCAUCCUACAUCUGAGGAAUUAGCUAUUGGAUCAGUUAGAUUUACUACGUUCGACUUGGGUGGGCAUCAACAAGCCCGUCGUUUAUGGAAAGAUUACUUCCCAGAAGUGAACGGGAUUGUUUUCUUGGUCGAUGCUGCUGAUCCAGAAAGAUUUGCAGAAUCGAAGGCUGAAUUGGAAUCGUUAUUCAAGAUUGAGGAGUUGGCCAGCGUUCCAUUCUUGAUUUUAGGUAACAAGAUUGAUGCCUCUUCUGCUGUCGGUGAAAUGGAAUUGAAGUCUGCGUUAGGAUUAUAUAACACCACGGGUAAGGACACAGGUAAAUUACCUGAGGGUCAAAGACCUAUCGAAGUUUUCAUGGUUUCGGUCGUUAUGAGAAUGGGUUACGGAGAUGGUUUCAAAUGGUUAUCUCAAUACAUUUGA